UUACAACUUCAGUAACUCGUAUGCGUACCGUCCGUGUAACGUGUUGCCAUUCAUGUAUCCUUCAGUAAAGUUUUUUUUUUAAUUUAUUAAGUUCGUUCGACUUAUCGAAAGUUCUAUACUCAUAUACAUCGGAAAUUAUUAUUUUUUUAUUUAAAUUUCUAUAUUUUAUGUGAAUAAUGUCGAGUUUUAAACAAACGCCAUUAACCUGCAGUGGACACACCAGGCCUGUUGUACACUUGGAUUUCAGCGACAUCACCGACUAUGGAUAUUUCUUAAUGUCCGCGUGCAAAGAUGGAAAACCCAUGUUGAGACAAGGAGAUACUGGUGAUUGGAUUGGUACAUUUGAAGGCCACAAAGGUGCCGUUUGGGGGGUAGCCUUGAACAAAGAAGCGACAGUAGCUGCAAGUGGUGCUGCAGAUUUUGAAGCUAAGAUUUGGGAUGCUAAGACUGGUGGGGAAGUACAAUCUUUUCAGCAUAAACACAUUGUAAAAAGCGUAAAUUUUUCAAAAGACAGCAUUUUCCUUGCAACUGGCUCCAAUGAAAAAUUACUCAGAAUAUUUGAUCUCAACAAAUCAAAUGAAGCUGUUACAACAUUCACCGGUCAUUCAUCUGGUAUAAAACAUGUUAUGUUCUUUCAAAAUGAUAGAAGGAUAAUUUCAUGUGCUGAUGACAAGACCGUUAGAAUUUGGGAUCCUUUGUCUGGACAAGAAAUACACAAAAUGGAGUUCAAUGCCAUACCGACCAGUUUAGAAGUAUCUAGAGAUGAAUCAAUUGUGACCAUUGCACAUGGAAACUGUGUUAGCUUUUGGAAUGCUGAUAGUUUGUCAAAAGUAAAUGAAGUUACUGUACCUACCCUUGUCAAUACCGCUUCUUUGCAUAGAGACAAGUCUAUGUUUGUAUGUGGAGGCGAAGAUCUUAAAAUGUAUAAAAUUGAUUACAACACCGGAAAAGAAAUUGAAUCUUUUAAAGGUCAUUUCGGUCCUGUACACUGUGUUCGUUUCUCACCAGAUGGUGAGUUAUACGCUUCAGGAUCUGAAGAUGGUACUCUACGUUUGUGGCAAACAACCAUUGGAAAGACAUAUGGCCUUUGGAAAUGUGUUGAUAAAGUUAGCUCUCCGCAAGAUUUACUCCAACAAGAAAUUACUGCCAUUUAAUGUAUCAAAACAUAUAUUUCAUUCAAAGCUGUGUAUGUUAUUGAAAAUGUAAUUUUCAUUUAUUUAAACCUCUAUAAAGAAUGAUUCUAAUUGUUA